AUGGAGAACAUGAUGCAGGGCAAUAAGAUCCAGACGAGUUGCAGCUACUCCAUGAAUGAGAGGUCAUCUCGAUCACACACGAUUUUCCGGAUUAUUCUGGAGUCGAAAGAUGCCAAUCAGAAAGAUGGACCUGUACAUAUAAGCUACCUUAACUUAAUGGACUUAGCUGGUUCUGAGAGAGUUUCUCUGACGAAAGCUGCUGGUGAGCGUCUUAAAGCGGGGGCUAACAUAAACAAAUCUUUGUCAGUAUUAGGAAAUGUGAUAAGGCAACUAAGCGAGGGGAAGGAGUUUAUCAGUUAUCGCGAUUCGAAAUUGACUAGACUGCUCUCACAGGCUCUUGGCGGUAAUGCCAAAUCAUUGAUUAUCGGGAAUCAUGUGGCAGACCAGGUUGAUAAGAGGUACUUGAUUAGAUGCAGUUAUAUUGAAAUCUACAAUGAAAAGAUCAAUGACCUCCUGGAUAAGAGCAAUCAGGGUUUAACUAUAAGAGAAGAUAUCAAAGGAAUGUGCUGCUUUGAUGCAAGGGAAGCUGUCGUAGACAAUGUUGAUAAAGUUAUGGAGAACAUGAUGCAGGGCAAUAAGAUCAGACGAGUUGCAGCUACUCGCAUGAAUGAGAGGUCAUCUCGAUCACACACGAUUUUCCGAUUAUUCUGGAGUCGAAAGAUGCCAAUCAGAAAGAUGGACCUGUACAUAUAA